CAAUUUACAUAUUGUUCGGUUUUGUCCGCCUGUCCUGUGUGUUCAUUGUCUGUUCCCUACAAAUCAUAUUUCUGGAGCAUAAUUCUGCAGCUCGUCAUCAAAAUGCAAGAGCACGUUAACCAAAAAGGACCUGGUUUUGUUGGAAUCAAAUUUUGUCAAGAAUGCAACAACAUGCUCUAUCCAAAAGAAGACAAGCAGAACAGAAUUCUACUCUACUCAUGUCGUAACUGUGACUUUCAAAUGGAAGCUGACAAUGCAUGUAUUUAUGUAAAUAAGAUUGUCCAUGAAGUUGAUGAAUUAACACAAAUCAUUGCUGAUGUAGCACAAGAUCCAACUUUGCCACGAACAAAAGAUCAUUCUUGUCCCAAAUGUCAGCAUAAAGAAGCUGUAUUCUUCCAAUCUCAAUCAACAAGAGCAGAGGAAGGCAUGAGACUUUAUUUUGUUUGCACAAACCCACAAUGUGGUCAUCGAUGGACUCAAUUGUAAUCUAUUCCAUCAAAUGGUGCAAUACUUGAAUGCAAUCAUACAUCGAUACAUGCACAAGGUGAAUGAAACAUCUUUUGGUCAUCAAAACGACCAACAUGAAUCCAUGAGGACAAGAACUAACAAAGCCUAUGGAAUCGGACAGGGUUGUGUGCUUGUUGCUAAAGAUUUUGUGUUACUAUUUUUACCAGCUUUUUUCAUUAACGAACCAAAUCAUUUGUUGCAAGCUCUACACUUAUAAGCUCUUGUAUAUUGACAUUUAUUAUGGUGUUUCACCAAAUUUUUAGGAAAUAUAUGCUAGGAAUCCCAUAUCGAAUAGGUACACAAUGUUGAUGAACGAUGAUUCAACCAUAUAACUGCUCCAUUGAAUUUGUGAAUACUUAUAGUAGAACCAGUUUGCUACAAAGGUAAAAUUCGUCUUUAAAUUUCAAAAAUACAAUGAAUAAACUUUUUCUAUCAAAUGA